CACUUAUAAGAGCGUGCUGGCCAGGUCAUGGUUUGUCAGUGUGUCACUGUUGAACGAUUCCAUCGCAAAGACCGUGGUCCUGCUCUGACCUGGAAAGAGAAAGAAAAAAAAAACACUUCACAGAAAGCACCCGUGUCCCAUAUUGCUGUUUUUGUUCAGUGAGGAAGAUGAGGAUGAAGGGGGCUCUGGUCCUUCUCUGCAUGGUCUCAACGUGUGGAGCUCAGAAAUGGAAACAGAAAACCCAGCGCUGGGACGCUGCAGCAGAACACACCUACGGCAAAACUUGUUCCAACCUGACUCAGGUUCUGGAUAACUGGAAAUUUGCUAUUGUCAGCCAAGUGAAAGAUCUGCUGAUUAAUGACCAUGCCUCCGUCCUCCCUGAAUACAACAGGAUCCAGCCUCUGUCAGAAGCACUGCGAGACCUCUACAGGCAGUUUAACUCGCUAAAAGACGAGCUGGGGAGCCUCAGCACAAAGUUUGACCAAGUGGAGGCUUUUGUGGACGACCCCAGGAACGGCAGAUCCACUCAGCCUGAGCGACCCAUACCGAGGAUUCACCCCAGGGUUGGACUGAGGUCUCCACUGCGGGCACAGAUGAGGGCUCCUGACAGGAGGAUUGUCAGGGGAACAACGCUGAUCAGAGCGAGGAGGAAAGGGCUUCAGAGACCUUAGACCCCUUACCCAGUGGUUAGAUAUGCUGAUGCGUUGAACGGGAGCAGUUGUGUUCAUAGAUUGUUCAGAAGACUUUGAAUCAUUUCUGGUAUUUUAUGUGUGUGAUGUGAUAAAAGAUGACGUAAAGAAAACUUUAGUAGAAAUAGACUUCAAAUGUACUCAUCUUAGCCUCUCUGUGCAAAGUCACUUUCAACCACAGGGAGGCAGUAUUUACCAAAUUAUCCCUGACUAUCAUCUGGCUGCUCUGUGUAAAACAUUAAACUAACAUGACGUACUGCAGCUAUGCAUCCUCUUACUACAAUAAGAUGAGCAGAGGAAUGUUAUUAAUGAGAGUUAAUUAUGGUGAUGAGUUUGUAAAAAUAAAGGUGAUGGUUUUAUCCCCCGGAUGUUGAAAUUAAAGUAACAAAUGCGUGACAAUAGAAUUGACAAUGUUUUGUUGUACAAAUAAAAGCUUUUGCCUCUGCUGAUAGUAA